AUGGGAUUUAGCAUUGACUCGUCCAACUCCUUCGAGAACAUCCCGGAGUCGGAUGGAGCUCGCUCCUGCCGCCACAGCGUCGUGCUUGCGCGGAACGGAGGACCCGCAUACGCGUACGGAGCCGACCCAGGCGAAGAGGGAGCACAUGACCGGCUGCUGCCGCUGUCGUCUCCGGACACUGACGCCAUCCUCAUGUGCUUCAGCAUUGACUCGCCCGACUCCCUGGAGAACAUCCCGGAGUCGGAGAGCAUGGAGCCUUGCCUCUGCCGCCCCAGCGCCAUGCUUGCGGGCAACGGAGGACCCGCACCCGCGUACGGGGCCGACCCAGGCGAAGAGGGGACACAUGAGCGGUCGCGGCCGCUGUCGUAUCCGGACACAGAUGCCAUCCUCAUGUGCUUCAACAUUGACAGACCCGACUCCCUGGAGAACAUCCCGGAGUCGGAGAGCAUGGAGCCAUGCCUCUGCCGCCCCAGCGCCGUGCUUGCGGGGAACGGAGGGCCCGCACCCACGUACGGGGCCGACCAAGGCGAAGAGGGAGCACAUGAGCGGUUGCGGCCGCUGUCGUAUCCGGACACAGACGCCAUCCUCAUGUGCUUCAGCAUUGACUCGCCCGACUCCCUGGAGAACAUCCCGGAGUCGGAGAGCGUGGAGCCUUGCCUCUGCCGCCCCAGCGCCAUGCUUGCUGGGAAUGGAGGAUCCGCACACGCGUACGGAGCCGACCCAGGCGAAGAGGGAGCACAUGAGCGGUUGCGGCCUGCUGUCGUAUCCUGA